GGAUGACGGAGUCAACAGUUGGAUAAACAAACGUGGGAUGCCGCGGCCACUGCUAUUGAAUGGCAUACAUAUAAAACAUCGCCCGUACGGUGGGAAGCGACAUUUCCAAUCAGCAUCAUCGGAACCAUGUCUUCGUCCAUCCCAGCACUAACGGUGGCAGCUGUGAUAUCCUUCUUGCUGCUAGGUCCCGAAACGUCGGAGGCUUUCGUUUGGAGCUGGAUAUGGCCAUUUACGACGAGCACGACACAAUCCUCGGCCAGUUCCACCGACGGUAGUGGUUCCGGUGGAUCGAAUUACGUUAUUUCAAUUGGAAAUCGGGAGAAUACCAACGCCUCCGUAACCGAUUACGGAACCAUGAUCACAAAUCUGCAGAUUAAUUUGGCUCGAUUCAAUGGAAGUUCGUUAGUCAGUGUUGGUGCUGCUGGGGACGUACUGAGCAAUACAAUUAACUCCGUCACCGAGGAAUACCGAACCCAAGCGGAAGCCGUUGUCUCCAGUCGUUUGGCGUGGAUCGCAGAAACGGUUGGUGAAGCGGAACAGUACGCCGGUGAACUGCAACAGAAUGAAAUGCCAGCAUUGCUCGGUGCUUUUUCGGAAGAUACUCGCGGAAGUGUUCAAAAUCUGAAGGAAUCUGUACGGGAGUGUUUGCACCGGGAAGUAGAUGUGGAAGAAAUGCUGCAAUCCGUGACCAACCAUAGCCAAAAUGGGUGCUUACAAUUGAAAAUCAGCAAUCUGUGGCAGCUACAAGACACUGCCAGAAGCAAUCUAACUAAAUUUCUGAACACCUUGGAUGAAGAGGAGGAUCUCGUCGAGCAUUGUGUGGACAUUCAGGACGAAUUCGACGAUGAGAUUAGUGAUUGGUACGCAGUGGCUUGUAUUUCUUCGGUCCUACUUGGAGUGCAAACCGAAACCUUCAAGUUAGAGUUCACUGUUAGUCAACUGACGGCGGAAAUUGAUCCGGUUAUGAGUCAAGCGAAAGCCAGUCUACUAGAGUGUACCGCAGAUCUGGCCUCGUAUGCUUUCAAAGUGUCAUUGGGACUUCGUCAGUGGAUCCACGUGUGCAAUCAGAGAUAAACAGAAUUUGCUGAAAUGAAUGAACGGCUUUUUUCAUCCAGCGGGAAGUUUCUACGUGAGAUGAUAGAUUUAUCGUAAUCGCUAAGCAAAAUAGUUCUCAAGUAACAAGUUGUUUCGUAUUUUCGAAACACACAAAGUAGGAUGUUUCGUCUAUAUAAAACCCGUUAAAUUCUAAUGAGGGCUAGUUUUUAAUAAUAUAUAUGACAUCAAUUAUUUUUAAUUUAAGAGAUGAACAGUAAUAACAAUCCGUUUUUUUUAUUAGAACUUGUCCGUCAAUAAAUUUCCGAUCUAAUGGACAGACGGUCACCAUUUAGUGUGGUAGUUAUUGUGCUUUCAGUGAUGCUACAUUUUAGAAAAUUUGAAACUAUGAAGAAAAAGAAUUUCGUGUGUUAAUAAAACACUGUUUUUUUCCUUUCUCAUAUGGAAA